AUGAAAUUCGUGGAGGUCACGGUCACUCCAGGUUUUUUGCAUAAUGUCACAGAGAACGAUGCGGCAAGGGAUGGCCUACAAAACGCUAGUUUUCCCUCGAUUCGUAUCAAAACAGGACCGAUGUUGGGCGGCCUCAUCAUCGAAAGCAAGAAGACGGGAGCGUUUGGUAGGACACCCAUCGGAGCUUCCCCUGCGGACAAAUGCAUUUCACUAAAGAUCCCCGAGCGAUUCAAGAUACAGUGUAAGGAACAAGCCCAUCGCAUCUUCACCAAGCAUGCCAAUAUAUUCGACGUUGGUGUGUUGUUGAUUUCCGGCCCGGUACCGGUUUAUACGGAGUACUCAAGAGACGAUCGUGGUUACGCCUGGCCGCUCCUCGGGACCAGAACGCAUCCCAACUCUCCGUCAGACCAGAAAGACUACGAGAAUCUUAUGAAACAAGUGAAGCUGCAGAACCCCGCAAGUGCUACCAGCGGUAUAGUAUUUCCUUCUCCUUUCGUGAGAGUAGCCGACAAGGAAGAUGGAGGCAUCAAUUGGGACUUCAUCCGGCGUCGCAUCCGGGCCAACAUGCCAAUGUUUUUCCGAGGCUCCGACGACGAAGUCAUUUUGGAGAACAACUGGGAAAUUGAUGCAGUACUGUCAACGUUGCACCGUGACGCGUCCGCCUCCGAAUCGACACUAUGCAAGGGUGUCACCGAACGGAGCCGUACGUUGAUCGAGAAGCUUCGAGGCAAGAGUGAGAGACAGAAGGGGUCCGCGGCGGAUGAGAGGGAGAAGGAAGUGGCGGACGAUCCUUCCCUCAAAGCCGGCAACUUGAAGGACACAGCAAAUGAAAACGCGCCCGUUGCCGAGGAGAGCAAAUCCCAAACUGCCGCAGAGAAGACCACUGGACAAGACGGUUCGACGCCCACGGGUCGGGAUGCGCUCAGUGCUGAUCAAAACAAUGGACCUGAAUCCACAACCGCAGGUGGCACUACCGUCCCGGCGCAAAAAAAGCUGAAUACGCGCGGGGGUGCUCAAGCUCAAUCUCAAACCUCGGGUGGAUCGGGAAGGGCCGUGAUAAACGCGCCUGGCACUGGGAGUGAAGGAUCCCAAGCAGGUACUUUGGGUAACAAAAUUCUCCGGCAGAGGAUGGACAGAGAUGAACGAGCGAAACGCCGCGAUAAGAGCUAG